UGUUUCAUUGGUCUAUGCUCUUCGUUGCAAAGAUACGAAGAUAUUUCUGCUCGGAUUGAGAACAAUACGAGUGUGGACGAAAUGGCCCUGCGUUUGACAAAAACACAUUUUGAAUUGGCUGGAAAGUGGCUUCCAACUGCAAUGACCUAUGGAACUGGUGCGUCGCUGACGUUUUUAUACCUCACAGAUUGGAAAGUGGUGUUGCAAUAUGUUCCUUUUUACGGCAGCAAGUUUGACGAACAAUCCUAAGAUACCAAGCCAGUACUCUGAGAUGAUUAUGUAAUAAUUCCAUUAAAGAAUUCUACUGUACCAUA